GCCUCAUCAUUCAUGCCCUCCUUUUCCUGUGCGAUUGGGUGUGUUCUGUUAGUAAAUACCAGGGAGAGAGUCGGCGGAGUCCCUUACCUGCAGCCGGGGAAAUGAUAUAGGCCUUCAGAUUAUCCCGUCUUACUGAAGACUCAGUGGACUCGGCCAGCAAUGCUGACGGCGUCGACACUCUCUGUGCACGGUGAUGGUUCAUACUCGUCUGCGCGGGACGAAAGCAUAUUUUUAAUACCUUAUAUAAAGAGGCCAUGUGAAUCGGUUGCUGAUCCUUUUUGAAAUCAUCUUCCACUGAGCUUCCUCUCACUCAUCGACCUCAUCGCAGCUACAGCCUAACUACACACUACAGUCCUCCUUCCUUUGCACAUAUUCUUCUCCCUAUUCACGCCAUGAGGCUCGCCGUUUUCGCUGCCUUUUUCCAGGCCGUGGCCUUCUCCGUCACCAAUGCCUACCCGAUCAGCGGCAACGGCGUCAACUGCCGGUCCGGUCCCGGCACCAGCUACGCUGUGAAGAAGACGUAUCCCAAGGGCCACGACAUCAAGAUCAGCUGCCAAACCGAGGGCACGAGCGUCAACGGCAACAGCAUCUGGGACAAGACCCAGGACGGCUGCUACGUGGCCGACUACUACGUCAAGACCGGCACCAACGGCUAUGUGACCGAUAAGUGCGGGUCCAGCGGCGGCGGCGGCGGCGGCGGCGGAAGCGGGAGCAUUCCGGGCCCCGUCAAGGACGAUUACCCCUACAAGGGGAGCUGCGGGCCCGUAGACAAGUGGAAGUACUUCAAGUGCCAAUGCACCAGCUUCGUGGCGUGGCGCAUCAACUCCCGGCUGGGCAUCAACUUCCACAACAUGUACAAGGGCGUCAACUGGGGCGACGCCGAGUCGUGGGACGACGCGGCGCGCCGCACGGGCGUCAAGGUCAACAAGACCCCCAAGCCGGGCUGCAUCGCCCAGUACAACGGCGGCAAGGCCGGCCACGUCGCCUGGGUUGCCUCCGUCGGCACCGACACCGUCACCGUCGAGGAGUACAACUGGAACACCGUGCGCGGCUACGGCAAGAGGACGGUCAAGAAGACCGCGUUCGACAAUUACAUCCAUCUAGACUCCAGGGUUUAACUAAACUGGUGAUUGGAUCUCUUUGCUCUUCGUGGGGAGCGUUAUUAUUACGGGGGGGAGUGUCUGGGGUCGGGUGUGUUGGUAGGGCUUAACACAGGUAUUCUAUCGCUUCUUGUAUCUAGCUUGAGUUGACUUAUUGGGACGUUUUGGGUUCGCUUUUGGGGGAUAACCUUUGGAAGAGUUUAAAGUCAUAUCUUACCUAGGUAGACUUUUAGAAAAUGCACGUCGGCUUGGUUGUUCUGUCUACCUACCUCUCUGCCUUUUAGUGAUGAUCUGCGCUAGGACUGAUGUGAUCGCAGUGUUAGGUAUUAC